UAUUUGUGGUUUUUGCUGAGAAAUCGUGAUUACAGUAAAAAUGUCGAACUGUGAAGUUCACUAUUGCAAUAACAAAGACCUCAAAAAGGAGAAUGUCCAAGCUCUAAUGGAUUGGCUACAGCAUCAGCCACAUUUUCCACCACUUACAGAAUAUCAGGUGAUAAUAUUUCUUCAUAGCUGUUACUACAAUAACGAAGCAGCAAAGAAAACUAUUGAUAAUUACUUGACGGUGAGGAAGUUCUGCCCGGAGUUCUUUGCAAAUCGCAAUCCUAGCAACCCUGAUAUCCAAACCGCCUUAGACCUUCUCACAAUUUCACCACUACCGAAAUUAACCAAAGAAGGAUACUGCAUAAUAUAUUUCCGUCUGGUCGAUACGAAUACUGAUAAAUUCGUCUAUAACAAUCUCAUCAAAAUGUUCGAUAUGGCCGCAUCAAUUGCACUGAAAGAGCUUGGGACUGUAAAUGGUCACAUAAUUGUUAUAGAUUUAGAAGGAUAUUCUCUUACCCACAUUAUGAAGAUGGGUGUGAUGACCGUUAAAAAAUAUAUGUUCUUCUUGCAGGAAGCGUUGCCGUUCCGAUUGAAGGGUUUCCACUUCGCGAAUGCCGUUCCAUUCAUGGAUAAACUUAUGCUUUUAAUGAAGCCCUUCAUGAAAAAAGAAUUAUUGGAAAUGUUACAAGUGCACAGUGGAAAUAACGAGACUCUAUUCGAAUUUGUGGAUAAAAACUGUUUGCCGAAUGAAAUUGGAGGAAGCGUUGGAUCUGUAUUCGAAAUACACAACGCGUUCAGACAAAAAUUCUUCGAUUACAAAAAUUUUUUCGAAGAAGAAGAGAAAUUGGUGGUGGAUGAAAGCAAAAGGCCGGGUAGUCCAAGGAAUGUUGGAGAUAUUUUUGGAGUAGAAGGGACUUUCAAGAAAAUGGAGAUUGAUUAGAGAUUUUUAGGUGGUAGAUUUAAAUAAUUAGGAUAAACUAUAGCAGCGUUUCUCAACCUAUGGGUCGCUUUAAAUUUUAGAUGUCACCUUUGACGCAAGGUCAAAAAAUUAUAUUCUAAAUAAUUGGGUCACAGUACAACUACAGUAAGACCUCGUUUAGUGCUGCCUCGAUUAACGCUGAUUUGCUAUAACCUUAAAAAAGCUCAAAUUUUGCACUUAAUAAUUUCAAUACUUUCUAAAAUGUUUCUUAAUAAAUAAUCACCGAUAAAUUCAAUUAAUA